CACCGGGAAACAAAACUCGGGGGGGGGAACUCCGCCAAUCUAAGUACGUUCUGUCAGUAUCAUGUCUUGCAUGUUGUAAUAUUGCAUGUCCUGGGAAUUUCCCCUCUGUCCUGAUUGUACGGUUGUUGAAGGGAUUGUUGUGGUACAUGUAUGAUAGAUUUCAUCAUGAGCCGUUCGUAUACGGUCGGCCCAAGGACCCGCACGCAGUUUGAGAGCAGAAACAAAGCCUCAUCAAGAAUUGGAGACCGCGGAAACAGAUCAGGGAUUCUACCAUCGGCAUCGUCUGGAGACGCCGGCAAGAAGUCAGACUUCUUAGCAAAUGCAAAUUCUUCACCGUCAAAAACCUGCACAUCUAGAUCACCUCUGAAGCCAAAGGUGGUGACCCUAGCAGACCUCAGUUCAGGAGACCAAAAGACAAAAAUUAAACCUGGGCCUAAACCAUGUAAACCUACGGUUAGAACGGUGUCUGAAUCUUCCAGAAAAUAUACUGCUGCAGAAAACGGUCAAACAACAGGAGCAAGGUCAAAAGGCAAAAACACAAAGAUGUGGGACGACAGUGCUGACCUGAACAAUUCAACAACACAGAGAGGGAGCAGAAAUACCGUCAGUAGUUACCAUGGCAGCAGGAGUGACAACCAUACUUUCAAUUCCCCUGACAGCAACCAGGCGAGCUUUGCAAACGCCCAGUCCUCAGUCAAUGUGGACAGGCAGGAAACAUACCAAUCCCAAGGAAGUUACACCCGUGUGAUGCCCGAUCCCAAGAAGCGUGACAAGUUACUGAAUCAGCGCUCAUCAGAACUAGAGAAGUUGGAAGCGUACAAAGAGAGACGAAAACUGGGUCAUGUGUCAAUGAAACCAACUCCUGUGGGAGGAGCCAGAGUCUCGGAAGAGGAAGUUCGACGGAAACAGCAGAGAGAGCAGCAAGAGAAGAAAUACGACCUCAUUCGUAAGCGGGAACAGUGGGCCGAGGAGAAGAGACAGCGAGAAGACCAGGAGUUUGCUGAGAAGAAGACCAAGGCUCGUCAGCAGGCGGAGAAGAACAGGCAAAAGGAGCUGGCACGGCAGAGGGAACUGCAGGCCCAGAGGCAGGACUGGAUUGCCAAGGGUGGGCUGGAGAGAUUUGGGGAAGGCACAGAGACCUUGCCAGAGGACGAAGAGUCAGAAGAGUUUGAGAUUGACGAAAGCGCUGUUGACGGGCUGAGGGAGUUGUUCCCUUUCAAGGAUCCCACGAAGAUACGCCAAAUGCUCAGGGCAACCAAGGGGAACGUGAACACGGUCAUUGAUUGGCUGUCUGACUAAUGCUUACAGUCACUGAUUGGUUAUGUGAUGUCAUGAGUACAAUUGUCCGUUGGCUGAGUCAAAGGUUACAAUACAAACACCUUCACUGAUUAGCUGCCUGACUAGUGUUACAUAGAAACUUCUACA